UUUUCAACUCGUAGUUCUAACAAUUCGUAGACCCUCUGUACCAUAUAACCUAAAAUAAUUUACAGAUAAAGUGAAAAUGUUUUGCAGAUUAUUUAAUGUGUUAAAAUCGAAUUUUAGACACAACAGUAGCUACCCCUUAAACUGGGUUAUAUCAGAAUGCCCCGAAUUAGAUGUUAAAUAUUUCUAUAACAAGAACAAUCUACAAGAAAUAGAUCAAAAUAUUCAACUCCGUAAAGGUGUAGGUGAUAUAAAUAAAGUGAUUAAGUUAAAGCAAUUGGUAGAUAAUGGUACUGAUCCUACACAAAAUAUAUCUUUACAUGAAAAUCUAUUACAAGAAUUAUUAAAACUACCUAACAGAACUCACCCAGAUGUAAUUAAUUAUGGGGAUGAUCCAAAAGUUUUAAGAAAAGUAAACAACAAAAGAAAAUUUGACUUUAAAGAAUUAGAAUUUCAUGAAAUUACUAAAAGAUUAAAUUUAGUAAGGUCAGAACAUCUGGGAAAUUUAUCAGGAAGCAAAAGCUACUACAUUUUAGGAGAAAUGGUUGAGCUGGAACAAGCUUUAGUAAAUUAUUUCUCACAAAAGUUAUACCAGUCAGGUUUUGAACUGAUAUCAGUACCAGAUAUAUUAAACAGAAAAGUCAUAGAAAGCUGUGGAAUGAACACAAGAGGCACAAGAACACAAGUUUACUCAUUAGAUGACAAAUUACAUGGGGAAAACCUGUGUCUAUCAGGCACUUCAGAAAUGGCACUGGCUGGUUUUUUAGCUAAUAAAACAUUUAAUGAAAAUGAACUGCCAAAAAAACUUAUGGCAGUAAGCAGGUGUUACAGGGCAGAAACAUCUAAUACUGCAGAUGAAAGAGGCAUUUACAGAGUGCAUGAAUUUACCAAAGUUGAAAUGUUCAUUGUCAGUACUCCUGAAAAGUCAGAUGAUGCUUUAGAGGAGAUCAGACAAAUGCAAGAAGAAAAUUUUGCCUCUUUGGAUAUCAGAUUUCAAGUACUAGAUAUGCCACCACAUGAAUUAGGUGCCCCAGCUUAUAGAAAAUAUGACAUAGAAGCAUGGUUACCAGGAAGAAAAAUAUAUGGGGAAAUAUCUAGUUGUUCUAAUUGUACAGAUUAUCAAUCCAGACGCCUAGGUAUUAAGUAUAAAAAUGAAGAUGGAAGUAUAAAACAUGCACACACAUUAAAUGGGACUGCUUGUGCCAUUCCAAGAUUAUUAAUUGCACUUACUGAAACAGGCCAAAAUAAAAAUGGUACUAUUAGUAUUCCUAAAGUUUUACAACCAUAUAUGGAUAAUAAAGAAUUUAUUGGUAUACAAAAAGCAAUACCCGUGUUGAAAUUGAUAAAGCACAAAAAACAUAAUUAA